AUGAAUUCUGAAUGUGUUUUAGUUCAAAUUUGUUGUUCAUUUUCAUCAGUUAUUGCAGAAUGGAAAUAUGGAUGUGCAUAUUAUAUUUACUCAGAGAAUAGAAAUAUCUACAAAAAUUAUGCACUUGAAUGUUCUGUAUCACAAUGCAGCGGCUAUUAUGACAUAUUAGCUCAUUACUAUGGAGACAUCAAAGUAAGUAAUUUGAAUUCAUCUUAUCAAGAAAUUACUAAAUAUUCUGGAUAUUGUAUUGGUUAUCCAUCAGUAAGGGGAAUUAUUAAUUUCACAACAGUAUCGAAUACAUCAUCUUCAGAAGAAGGUGUAAUGUACAAUACGGAUGGAUAUUCAUUUGAUAUUAUAAAAUGUAAUUUCAUCAACAAUCAAUAUACUAGUACGCAUUUUGCAUUUAUUGGAUGUGGUUCUAGUACUAAUUAUUCAAAUUGUUCAUUCAUUGAAAAUAAAGCAGAGGAAAGAUUUUUUUAUGGUCUACCAUUUUUUAAAAAUUGCUACUUUCAUGAAAACACUUAUGUUGAAUUUACAGGCCGUUCAAUGGAUGAGCCUCCAGUUUCUAUUGAAUCAGGCGAACCACUAGAUUCAUUACUGACUCAUUAUGCAGAUGAAGGUUGCAUUAGUAAAUUAUCCGAAUUUAAAUUAGAUAUAACGUUGAAAGUUGAUAAGAUAGAUAUAGAAAACGUUAUAAAUAUUGCUAUAAGUAUUUAUAAAAUAUCAUUUUGUCAAGUAUUAAACGUCUCAUUAUUAAAGUAA